CUGGUGCAUCAGCUGCGAGGCGGCAAACCGGUCCGCCUGUAGGAGCAGCAACGGGGAGCUGAUAAUAAGGGACUCCAAUCUCUCCAAGCAAAACUUAAAUUCUGCGCUUGCUUCUUGUUUUAAAGUUUGCUUUAUAACUGUACCAUUCUCUGCUUUACCUUAAAGUCCUUAUUUUUCCACAAAAUGACUGGUAGCCCACUGACUGGGUUGCUGGUGGCGCUGUGCGUAAGCAGCGCAGUCCACGGCUUGCCAAAGAAGAGCAAAAGGCAAACUGGCCAAUAUCAGGUGUAUCCUGAGCUCCACGACACAGCUGCCCUUACUCCAGUCGGCUGUGAGGAAAACGGCCGCUCAUUCAGACCGAACGAGCAGUGGGAGAAAACCUAUCUUGGUAGUACACUGGUGUGCACCUGCAAUGGAGCAGCAGGCAUCAAAUGUAAAACUAAGCCUGAAGUGGAGUCCUGUUACGACAAGUACAAUGACCGGACAUACCAGGUCGGUGAAACCUAUGAGAGACCAAAGGACGGGAUGAUGUGGGACUGCACCUGUAUUGGUUCUGGUCGGGCCAAGAUCAGCUGUACCAUCGCAAACCGUUGCCAUGAAGGUGGGAGGUCUUAUAAAAUCGGGGACACAUGGCAGAGACCUCAUGAUACUGCUGACUACAUGCUGGAGUGUGUUUGUCUUGGAAAUGGCAAAGGAGAGUGGACCUGCAAACCUGUGGCUGAGCGUUGCUAUGACAAUAACGCUGCAUCAUCUUAUGUCGUGGGGGAGACCUGGGAGAAACCGUACCAAGGCUGGAUGAUGCUGGACUGUACCUGCCUGGGAGAGGGAAAUGGACGCAUUACAUGCACCUCGAGGAAUCGUUGUAACGACCAGGACACCAGGAGGUCCUACCGUAUCGGAGACACGUGGACGAAGACGGACACAAGUGGACACAUCCUGCAGUGUCUGUGCUUGGGAAAUGGUCGUGGAGAAUGGAAGUGUGAAAGACACAACGCAGGCCGAACCACAGGUACCGUCAUGGUGACCCCCGUGACCCGGCAGCUUGAGCUCCCUGCCGAAGGAACUUGCCGUACAGACUCUGGAGCCACCUACUACGAUGGACAGCAGUGGUUCAGAAGCCAGGGCAGCAAGCAGAUGCUCUGUACCUGUCUGGGCAACGGCGUCAGUUGUCAGGAAUGGGAGGCCAGGAACCAGGUGUAUGGUGGUAACUCUAACGGCCAGCCGUGUGUUUUCCCCUUCGUCUUCAUGGGGAAGACAUACUACUCUUGCACUUCAGACGGACGCACAGACGGGCAGCUCUGGUGCUCUACAAGCUCAGACUAUGAGAGAGACCAGCAGUACUCUUUCUGUACUGAGAGGAAUGCCAUUGUGGCAACACGAGGCGGAAACUCCAAUGGCGCCCUGUGCCACUUCCCCUUCCUCUACAGCGGCCGCAACUACACUGACUGCACCUCUGACGGGCGCCGCGAUGGCAUGAGGUGGUGUGGUACUACCCACAACUACGACACAGAGCAGCGCUUUGGAUUCUGCCCCAUGGCUGCACAUGAGGAGGUAUGCACCACCAAUGAUGGAGCAAUGCACCGUGUAGGCGACAAGUGGGACAAACGCCAUGAUGUCAUGGGUCACAUGAUGGAGUGCACAUGCCUGGGUAACGGCCGUGGAGAGUGGAGCUGCAUUGCUCAUUCACAGCUGCGAGAUCAGUGUAUUGUUGACGGCUUUACCUAUGAGGUAAAUCAGGAAUUCUCCAAACGCCACGACGAGGGCUACAUGAUGAACUGCACCUGCUAUGGACAGGGACGUGGGCGCUGGAAGUGUGACGCUAUUGAUCAGUGUCAGGAGCCACAAACCAGGGCGUUCUAUCAGAUUGGAGAGACAUGGGACAAAGUCAUCCAUGGCAUCCACUACCGCUGCUAUUGCUACGGCAACGGGAUUGGAGAGCUGAGAUGUGAACCUCAGCAGACCUAUCAAGAUGGCUUCAGACCUGUCCAGGUGAUCAUCGCAGAGGCAGGAAAACAACCAGACUCCCACCCCAUUCAGUGGAACGCCCCUUCAUCUGUUUCCAUUACCCAGUACAUCCUCAAAUGGAGAAUUAAAAAUGCCCGAUCACCCUGGAACGAGGUCACCAUCCCAGGCCACCUCAACUCCUACACCAUCAGCGGUCUGCGUCCGGGCAUAACGUACGAGGGUCAGCUGAUCAGCGUCCUACGCUAUGGACGCCGCGAGGUCACACGCUUCGAUUUCACUACUACCCAUGGCUCUUUGGAAACAUCAGAGGGAGAGACGACCCAGCCUCCUCCAGUGGUGGACACUUCUGAAUCGGUAACAGAAAUCACCUCAAACAGCUUCGUUGUGUCCUGGACAUCAGCCUCUUCUACCAUCUCUGGCUUCAGGGUGGAGUAUGAACUCAGUGAGGAGGGCGCCAAGCCGAAAGUGCUGGAUGUUCCCCGCACAGCCACCUCUGUUACCAUCACUGAUCUCCUGCCAGGACGUAGGUACAACGUCAACGUCUAUGAGCUUCCAAAUCAGGGACAGCCAAACCUCAUCCUGUCUACCUCACAGACUACAGCUCCUGACACACCUGCUCAGCAUACCGUCGAUAAUGUGGAAGAGACCUCCAUUAGAAUUAGCUGGUCCAGACCUCAGGCUCCUAUCACUGGUUACCGUGUGGUGUACACGCCGUCAGUGGAAGGCAGCAGCACUGAGCUGACCCUGCCAGAGUCUGAGACCUCCGUGACCCUGGUUGACCUUCGCCCUGGUCUGCUCUACAACAUCAGCAUCUAUGCUGUAGAGGAGAAUCGGGAGAGUGAGCCUGUUUUUGUACAGGUCAACACCGCUGGAUCCCCUCUGCCUGAGGAGGUUCCGGCACCCACAGACCUGCAAUUCUAUGAGGUGUCAGAUGUGAAGAUCACCAUCACCUGGACCGGUCCACCCAGGGAGGUGACUGGUUACAGGGUGGUCUUCUCACCUGUUAGCCCUGAAGGCACAGACAUGAGGGCCAUCCAGCUGCCCGUCUCACCCAACGCAUAUGCUGAGAUCACCCACUUGCAGCCUGGCACACUCUACCGUUUCUACAUCUAUGCCAUCAGUGGUGGAGUGGAGAGCAAGCCGCUUGUGGGAGAAAAGACUACCAAACCUGAUUCACCCACCAAUGUGCAGUUCACUGACAUCGGCCCCGACGCUGCGAUGGUCACCUGGGAGGCUCCCCACGCCAUUGUCACUGGUUACCGCCUUUUCCUUAGCAUUGGGGGCUCUAGCCCUAUCGAGAAGAGGAUCCCGGACAGGGUCACCCAGUACCCUCUCAGGAAUCUGCGUCCAGACACUCAGUACACUGCCACCCUGCAUUCUGAGCUAGACAAUGUGCUUAGUGAGGCCGUCACUGCAUCUUUUACUACUGCUCCCCAGAUGGGAAAUGCUCCACCUUUCAGCACCGAGGUCACUGAUACCUCUAUCAUCAUCACCUGGAUACCUAUCCGCAGAUUCAGCUAUAAGCUGUCUGUGCUCCCCAGUCAGGAAGGCGAGUCUCCCAGAGAAGAGACCUCUGACUCUGGACGUAUUCAUAUUCAAGAUCUGAUUUCUGGAAAUCAGUAUACCUACCGUGUUCAGCCCAUCUUCAAUGGACGCAACCGUGGAAACCCCAUCACCCGCACCGUUGUCACAUCUGUGUCUCCUCCCACUGACCUUAGAGUUGAGUCCAACCCUAACACAGGAGAUCUCACUGUCCACUGGGUAGCCUCCAAAACACCAGACACCACAGGCUACAGAGUGACAAGCACGCCAACCAACGGCCAGAGAGGAAACUCACUGGAGGAGUUUGUCCGACCUGACCAAACAUCAUGCAUCCUAGAGAACUUGAAUCUGGGGGUGGAGUACAACGUCAGUGUCUUCUCUGUUAAGGGCCAUUUGGAGAGUGUACCUUUGUCCACUAUUGUCACACCAGACAUCCCCACACCAAGUCACAUUGACUUUGUCGACAUUACUGACACCACCAUUGGUCUGCGCUGGAUCCCUCUGAACUAUUCUACCAUUACUGGUUACCGGAUAACAGUAGUAGCAUCAGGCGAGAGCUUGCCAAUUUUUCAAGAUAUGGUGGAAGCAGCUGCUGGUUAUUACACCAUUCAUGGUUUGGAGCCGGGCGUGGACUAUGACAUCAGUGUCUCCACUGUUACAGAGGAGGGGGAAAGCCAGCCGACCACACACACAAAGCAAACACAAGCUGCUAUUCCACCUCCCACCAACUUGCAUUUUGGGGGGGUGGGUCCGGACCACAUUAGGGUGACGUGGACAGUCCCUCGUGUUGCCACACCAAGCGACAUCUCUCGGUUUGUCAUCCGUUACCACCCUGUAUCCACAGACGAUGACAUUAAAGAGAUUAAUGUUGGCGGAGCCACCAACACCUUCCUGCUGCAGAACCUGCUGCCCAACACUGAGUACCAUAUCAGUGUUGUGUGUGUGUACGGUGAACGAGAAAGUGAACCAGCUACGGGCACUCAGAGGACAACCCUGGACUCCCCCACUGGCUUGGACUUCUCCGAUAUUCAGACCAACUCCUUCACUGUUCACUGGAUAGCUCCAACUGCUGCUAUCACCGGCUACCGCAUCCGCUAUCAGAAGACGAGCGGCGGGCGGACCAAGGAUGAGAGGCUGCCCCCAACCAGGAACUACUACACUUUGACAGGACUGACACCAGAGACAGAGUACCUGAUACACGUGUAUGCUGUCAGCCGCAACCAGGAGAGUCAGCCUCUGACUGGCACACAGGCCACGAUCUCUGAUGCUCCCACUGAUCUGGAGGUAACAUCGUCCACCCCCACCAGCAUCACCAUCCGUUGGGAUGCCCCCUCAGUCUCAGUGAAGAACUACAGGAUCACCUAUGGAGGGACAAGUGGUGAGUCUCCUCAAGAGUUCACGAUCCCAGGCACUCAGACCACUGCCACCAUUACGGGAUUGAAACCUGGUACUGACUACACCAUCACAGUCUAUGCUGUCACAGGACGAGGGGACAGCCCUGCCUCCAACACCCCAGUCUACAUCACACACAGGACUGAUACCGAGCCCCCCACUGACAUGAAAUUGACUGAUGUGAGUGACAACGCCAUCACAGUGCGCUGGUCUCCUGCUCAGGGACCAAUCAGAGGCUACAGAAUCACCAGUGUACCCAAGAAUGGACAGGGACCUUCUUACUCUGAGGUGGUGGCCCCUGAUCGGACAGAGAUGACAUUCACAGGUCUGAUGCCCACUGUUGAGUAUGUUGUGAGUGUCUAUGCCCUGGGCAAUGACGGACAACCCUCUUCCCCUGUGGUGGAGAAUGCCAUCACUGCUAUGGAUCAUCCCAAGGACCUGACCUUCUCUGACAUCGACUCCACCUCCAUGCGCAUCACUUGGGACAGUCCAGACGGCACAGUGACAUCGUACCGUGUCCUGUACUCCAGCUCAGAGGAGGGCGAGAGGGAGCUGCGCCCAGCCCCCAGAGGAGACCAGGACAGUGUGGUGCUGACAGGCCUUCGCCCUGGGACAGAGUACACUGUUAAAGUCAUCGCCCUCCAUGGCCGCACACCCAGCACACCCUUGACGGGAACCCAGGCCACAGUAAUCCCUGCUCCGACCAACCUGGUGAUCUCAGAGGUCAGUCCCUCUGCCUUCACCGUGUCAUGGCAAGCCCCCAACGCACGCCUGACAGGCUACCGUGUGGUUGUCAUCCCUAAGACCAUCAACAGCCCUGCCAAAGAGAUGAAUGUUGCUCCGGACACCACACGUGUCGUUGUACCAGGCCUCAUGGUGGCGACCACAUACCAGAUACAUGUCUACGCUCUGAAGAACUCUGUCACCAGCAGACCACUGCUGGGAGAGACGACCACCCUGGAAGAUGUGAGCCCUCCUCGCCGUGUGCGUAUCACUGAUAUGAAGGACACUUCUUUCACACUGAACUGGCGCACCAAGUUAGAAACCAUUACUGGUUUCCUCAUUGAUGCCACACCCUCCAGUGGCUCGCGCCCCACUAUCAGCAGGACCAUACCAGGAGAAACACGCACCUACACUCUCACAGGUUUGCAGCCAGGCACCACGUACACUGUUAAUCUGUACACUCUGAAUGGCAACACAAGAAGUGCACCAUUUACCCUCAGCAUUCAAACAGCUCAACCAGCGGUCCAAGCUCCCACCAAACUCCAUUUCACAUCUCUGACCCCCACCUCCAUCUCCUUCACCUGGCAGCCACCUGCCACACACAUCACAGGAUACUACGUCACCUACGAGGAGUCAGGAGGAGCACCACGGGAACUCAUCCCACAGCCACAUGCCGGCCAAAACUACGCCACCAUAUCUGGCCUAAGACCAGCCACAGAGUACAUCAUCAAGAUCAUUGCCAUCCAGAACACACAGAGGAGCACACCUCUGGUGGGCAGAAUCAGAACUCACCCAGAUACCGUGCUUCCCCUGCCUCUGCCACAUCGCCCUGGAGGUGUUGGUGACAGGCUGGAUGUGCCUGAAACUGACUUGGACAACAGAGUCCAGGUAGUGGGCAGCAAUGGCCAGGAUGGGGUUAGUGGUCAGAGCCAGCAUGUGGAGUUCAGCAACAAUGGAGACAACAACAGAUAUAAUGGGAACAAUGGCAACCCACAGUAUCCUUCUGGGCAAGUUCGUGAGCCCCUGGUCUUUGUGUCCCGUCACAAUGCAGAGGGCCCCAUAGUGAAGCUGAAUGUGCCCAUUGGAUCCACGUUUGGUAACGAGACAGGAGUGCCACAGGAGGCCCAAACUCAGACCACCAUCUCCUGGAAGCCUUACAGACAGAGCAAUGCCUACCUGGUGACAUGCCAUCCCAUCACACAGUUAAACGAGAAUAUGUUCCAGGUCAGCCUGCCAGGCACAGCCACCACUGCUACCCUGAUAGGACUCACCCCCGGAGCGAACUAUAAUGUGAUCGUGGAGGCUCUGAUGGGGGCACUCAAACACAAGAUACUGGAUCAGGUCGUCACUGCUGGAAACACACUCCCAGAGGGAACGUCCCCCAUAAAGGACUCAUGUUAUGAUGCCUUUACUGCAACCCACUAUGAUGUUGGUGCUGAAUGGGAGCGGAUGUCUGAGACAGGCUUCAAGUUGUGGUGCAGGUGCCUCGGCCUGGGAAGUGGCCACUUCAGAUGUGAUUCAUCUAAGUGGUGCCAUGAUAAUGGCAAGAACUAUCGCAUUGGACAGAAGUGGGACCGCCGCGCAGAAAAUGGUCACGUAAUGAGCUGUACUUGUCUGGGAAAUGGCAAGGGAGAGUUCAAGUGUGAACCACAUGAAUCACUGUGCUAUGAUGACGGAAAAACUUACCAGGUGGGCAACCAGUGGCAGAAGGAGUACCUGGGCGCUAUCUGCACCUGCACAUGCUUUGGAGGACAACAGGGCUGGCGAUGUGAGAACUGUCGCCGACCAGGUGCUGAUGUUGAUGCCAGUGUGCUGCGGCCCGUUAGAUAUGGAGACAACACAUUAAGCAGAUUGAAUAUUCAUUGCCCCAUUGAGUGCCUCCGACCUGACCUGCUGGCAGACGCACAUGCUCCUCAAAAUCCUCGGGAAUAAAGGAUCAGUCAUCUGACAUCUGCUUUGCUCCCUCGCCGUCCAAUCGCUGCACUGUCUCACCCUGUAGAAGCCACACUGUCUGUGACUGAACCAUACCCAAAUGCCUUAUCACCUUCUGACACGUUUAGCUAAAGAUGUUACACCGCCUUGCUGCCUGAUCAAUCCCGAUCCUUUUCUAAAGUCUUUUCACUGUUGACUGAUUAAAGUCUCUAAAUUCAUGCUCUAUUGGAAAAUUAAUAUUCCUGACAACAUAGUCUUCUUUUUUUUGUGUAACAUGUCCUCCCACAUACUUGUGCGUGGGCCUUAAUGGAAUUUUUUUUAGGGUUUGUCACCAGUCAGAUUUAAAUGUACACACUUGUCAAAGUGUGUGUACAUUUGUUUUCCAAUUAAAAAUUCUGAAGUGUUUCCUAAUCAAAGAGCAGAAACUGUCAGAAAGUAAGCACUGUGUUAAAGAAUGUCAAUGUAGUUAUUAACAAUGUCCAUGAAAAUGUGCUUCUCUUUUCUGUAGCCCCUCAUCUGUCCCCGAGGGGUCGCACUGUGUGUGACUGACACAUUCUGAAUUCUGUGUCUUUCUACUAAUUUAUCCCUUAAAUCUCAACGUGUGAAUGUGUGAACCGGGAUGUGAGAAUUUGAACCAUUCUAUUUUUGUACUUUGUUGUCGGUGCCAAAGUUGUUUCUACCUUUUACAAAAAGAAGUCCCUUAUUUUAAUAAAGCUGGAGAAAUCCUGAAACCUAA